GUUGUCUGGUACAUACAAGAUGCCACAAGAAAAACACACUCAAACAAACGUAUGGACACUGACAUCCUAUUGUAAGUAUUUUAUUUUAUUUAUAUUCUAUCUAGCAUUUCAUGUGGCUUCUAUUGUCAUAGACUUUCCCCUGAGAACAGUGUUGAAAAUGUUCUACUUGUGGGAUUAAACAAGUAAUAUGAAUGGAAUUUCUUAUUACAUUUACAUUUACGUCAUUUAGCAGACGCUCUUAUCAAGAGCGAAAACACGACUUUUUCAGUGUACAAUGCUGUGUGAUUGGAUAUUUUGUCAUGGACUAAUACAGUUUUGCAUAAUUUCUAUGAUGGGCAAUGCAUUUAGGCUGUUGCACAUUGUUUACAUUAAACGGUUGUACACAUGGUUAUCACGGUUAACUGAUAAACCACACUCUGUUGUCUUCAGAUUCAACCAUAUCAAUAUUUAUCAUUGCAGUCAGUGACGUGUCUUAUUGCAGUCAGUGUUUUAUUUUUACUUUAAUCUGACAAAGUGCUUAAUUUGCACUUUUAUGGUCUAAAUGUCUGAACUUAAAUAGCCUUUUUUGCUACAUUGGAAUUUGUAUAGAGACAAAAAAUAUCUAUUUUAUUUUAUAAGUAAUUCACCUGACACCUGAAACCGUAACAAUAAGAAAUAUGAAUAUUGAAAAUAUAUACUGUAGGUCAGGGAUCAUCAACUAGAUUCAGCCGCUGACCGAUUUUUUUCUUGAGCGGAUGGUGGAGGGGCUGGAACAUAUAUUCACUCUGGCAAUCUACUCCGAUUUCAGAGCACUCUGUCUGACUGUGCCAGAACGCAGAAUAACUGAUGAAUUAACGAAUGUGCAACACCUGUUGAAUAUGACCGGUGUCAGUAAACGUCGGCAAAAAAAAAAACUAUUUCAUUUGUUGCCAGCAGCACAGUUGCAGUCACCACAACGCUCUGGAUAUCAUGAAAGCAGCCUAACCAGAUCUGCUAGGGCGAGUAAAAUGGUCAGAAUGUGGUGUUCUCUCAUUUGUGUCUGUAAGUAGUUUGCAAGCUAGCCAACUUUAGCCAGUUAGCUUGGGUGCUUGACUGCCGUUGUGACAGAACGCUUGGAUCAACCCUACUGUGGCUCUGAACGCUCCGAGAGUGAAACGCUCUGAAUUUACGAACGGACAAUCUGACAGCGCAUUCAAUCUACGAACGCCCUGAGUGCCCUCUGAGUGCACUCCAGAGUGAAUUUAUGAACACACCCAUAAUUACAAAUCAUUAGCAGACUUCAGAUUGACCACAGAUAUAAUAUUUGACAAAAAAAUAGUAAAUUCAAACCUUGUAUACAAUCACAUCUCUCUAUUAUGCAUGGGAAUACUUGGGAACAGAUUUCCAAAAAUAAAAUCAAUUGGAGCUGAUUUCCUUGUGUUUUUAGUCUAUUAUGUCCAACAACGAACAUUCAAAAUAAAUAAAAUAAUUACAAAAAUAAAUAAAAAUACAUAUAUAUAUAUAUAUAUAUAUAUAUAUAUAUAUAUAUAUAUAUAUAUAUACAGUACCAAUCAAAAGUUUGGACACACCUACUCAUUCAAAGGUUUUUCUUUAUUUUUAAUAAAUUCCAUAGUUUUGAUGUCUUCACUAUUAUUCUACAAUGUAAAAAAAUGUAAAAAUAAAGAAAAACCCUUGAAUGAGUAGGUGUGUCCAAACUUUUGACUGGUAGUGUAUAUAUAUAUAUUAUUUUCAAAUUCGGCCUGCGUGCCGCCAGUUGGGGAACCCUGCUGUAGGUUGAAGUCUUGUUGCUAGCUCAUGCUCUACUGACUAGUCUGGGUUUAUGCAGCUUAUGGAGAUUGAGCAGAUGCAGAGGGCAGAGAGCUGAGACCUGCUGGAUUUAUUUAGCACACCUCAGACAGACAGACACUCACACACCUGCUGUUUGUGUAGAACCAGACUGUGGCAGACUACACAGGUCCAAAGAUGUGUCAGACAGCUGGUAGGCUACCGUGUCUGAAUGUGAUCAGACAAUCAGACUGUGCCAGCCAGGUCAGCCACAUAGUUCCAUAACAUGUAGAUGAGAAUAUGCAGUUAUGCUGUGCAUUUUAAAACAAUAAAACAAACCCCAUUGUGGAAACCGAUGGACUAGUUUAUGGAUAGUUUAUGGGGAUAGCAAAAGGGAUAUACAGUAAGCAGGUAAUGCACAGACCCAAUGAAUAGUGUAUCCCGAAAGGGAUAGGAAUGCACUAUGGGUACAAACAAUGUUACUUAGUUGAACCAGGUACUAUAACCCACACUCUUAGAAAAAAAGGGUUCCAAAAGGGUUCUUCGGCUGUCCCCACAGAAUAACCCUUUUCCCCCCCAGGGAGAACCCUUUUUGGUUCCAUGAAGAACCCCUUUGGGUUCCAUGUAGAACCCUCUGUGGAAAGGGUACUACAUGGAACCCAAAAGUGUUCUACCUGGAACUAAAAUGCUUCUACCUGGAACCAAAAAGGGUUCUUCAAAGGGUUAUCCUAUGGGAACAGCCGAAUAACCAUUUUACGUUCUAGACAGCAUAUUUUUUUCUAAGAGUGCAGUUUAUGUAAUCACACAAAUAAUACUAACCUUUGUCAAACAGAUUUCAAACAGUAAAGAAAUGAUCAACUUUUACAUUAAGAUCUACAUGGCUCUGGAGUCUUCUGGACUUUAUUGGCCCUGACCCUGAUCACCUGACAGUAGCCUCUGUUACCUCAGCUGACUUAUAUAAGUCUAUGGUUUGCACGUCGGCCCUGUGUCAUAAUGAGCUCUUCUUUCAGGUGGGAACUGAGGAGAAGAUGGUGGCCGCAGUGCUCACCUUGCUCUGUUUCACCACAACUGAACAUGUUCAACUUGAUAACCAACUGCUGCAGCUGGAUCUCCAAGCUCCAGCAACCCAUCAGGUAAGAACGACUUUCUCUCAAAUGGAUUAACUCAGUCCCCCAGUCACUUGCGAUUACAAAUACUGUGACUUAAAUUGCUCCAUAUGCUAAUUCCAGCCCCAUAUCUUGUAUUUUCACACAGGAAAGUCAAUGUACUGGUGGUCGGUCUUGACAAAGCAGGAAAAACAUCCACUGUCAGGGGGAUGUUAAGAGGUAAUGUAACAGUGACGUCAAUACAAAGCAAUUAACAGUAACCAUGCAGCAGACGUAACACAGAAAUCUGCGUAUGGCUGACUGAAGUCAUCUUAUAACUAUCCUCGCCGUCUGCAGUGCCCCCAGUGGACGUGGGUCCAACACAUGGGUGUGUCCGCACAGAGCUGAGAGUGGAAAACUUCCUGGUCACCCUGCUGGACAUCGGUGGGGCCUCGGAGGUGCGGGGGUCCUGGAGGGAUCUCUAUGGGGAGGUCCAUGGGUUCAUCUUUGUGGUGGACUCCAGUGACCGGCAGAGGAUUAAAGAGGUCAAGGAGCUUCUGACGGACCUGCUGAAGCAGCCUAGAGUGGCGGGAAAACCACUACUGGUGUAAGGACUACUCCUUAUAUCAAGUUUGAAUUAAUGUGAAUAUAAUACUUGAUCAAUAAAAAAAGUAAAAAAGUAAAGUUCUAUUUGUUCUAUUUAUAGUUUAUAACUAUUUUAUACAAGGUUCUAUGAGGUGUACAGGACAAAGUGGCAGAUGAUCUAUACUACCUAUACCCAUUUAAAACCUUAGUGUUGCCAUUUACAGUGGGCAAGGAAGGACAGUAGCAAAAUUGAUUAGUGCUUUCAGUGUAGUGUUUUCCUUUUUUGAAUCCACUGAAGAAACUUUGUGCUUUGUUGUUGUGUUUUAGGCUGGCCAACAAGCAGGACAAGAUGAACGCCCUGCUGGGAAGUGAGAUAAUUGAGCUCCUGUCUCUGGAGAGACUGGUGAACCAGAGCCGCUCUCUGUGCCACAUUGUGAGUCUAGUUCUCAUACACAUCACUCUCCACACAACUAGACAGCCAGACAGCCAGACAGACAGACAAACAAACAAACAAACAGACAGACAGAAAGACAGAUUAUGUUUAUUAUGUACAAGAGACAGAUAGAUACAUAGACAGACAGAAAUCCAUGUAGGCUACAUAGAUUUGAUUAUGUUGUGCUUUUUCACUCUAGGAGCCUUGCUCAGCCUUAAUGGACCUGCGUAGGUGGACAGACAGGAAGACGCUGAGGGGUCUUCGCUGGCUUCUGCGUGCUGUCAAUCUGGAUUACCCAGAACUCUGUUCUCGCAUAAUCAGGGACAUCAGGGACAGGAGACCUCUAGCACCAGAUGGGAGGGACAGGAGUGGGAAUAUAGAGAGGAGCCGCAGCAAGCCCAAAGAGGAAAGGUAAGAGAGACCAUAACUAUCCCAAUGGGCACAAAUUGGUUGAAUCAACAUUGUUUCAACGUCAUUUGUCAAUGCAUUGUGACGUGGAAUCUACGUGGAAAAUACAUUGGAUUUUUUAAAAGUCAUCAACGGAAACUGUUGUUUUGAGGGUGAAGUUUCAGAUAGACACACCUUGUAUAUAAUAUGUUGAAUUUGUACCUUUGAAACAAUGACAGAUCUCGUGAGAAUGAUUAUUGAGAGAUCUCUUAAUAACUAAAUAUAUUCACUGUUGCUAUUGAAGUCAUUCCAAAGGGUAGGUUUAACAGAGCAAAUGAAACAUGUCAACACUUUAUCACUCAUAUAUCUUCAAUGAUACUAUUUAGGCCUAUAUAGCAUUUGCAAUGUCAUCAACAGCUAUUGUUGAAUUUAUUAUUAAACAAUAGCGCAAAGAUUUUAUUCAUGAUCUUUUGUUUUACAAUACAAAACAUACACAUACAAACGAUAACAUACAGACUCACACAAACAUCCACAACAUCACCCCUGCCCAGACCCACCUGCUCACACCCCCAUCUCCAGUGCCCGUAUCACUCUCCGCCACAUGGCCUCAGACUGCACCAUUUUCUUUCUCUCUGUCGCCCACACACUUUCAACAUUUAGAUAAUAAAGCAUUUGACCUUUCCAUUUUGUUAACGAUGGAGGAUUGGUAGAGUUCCAGACAAGUUAACAAAUGAUAUGUUGAAUUCACAUCUCCAAAUAAACAAAAAAUAAAAGUUAAAGAAUAGGAUUAAGUCAGUGGCUCAGAUGAAACUAUCCAGGCAUAUUCUUUAAAUGUUGAUAUUUGGUUGCGUUGUCAGCCAAACAUAAUUCAAUAAUAUUUUUGUAAUACAGUAAAUAGCCUAAAGUAUUGGCUAUCUUAGAAACUAAUGUAACAGUAUUUAUAAUAAUAAUAAUAAUAAUAAUAAAUAAGUAAGUAUUUAUUCAACCUUAAAAUGAGUAACACUUCCAUGGCCACAUUUUGAGGUUACUGUAACUAUAAAUGUCUUCUUAUGUAAUCAUAGAAAGCGUGCAUGUUCAAGAUAGCAUGCAAAGGUAGCAGGUCUGUGGAGAUCUUCACAAUUGCUGUAAAAAUCUGCGCAGAAUCUUGAACAGCAUUGAUCACUUGCACUAUGUACUUUUAAUGUAAUCUCAACUGCAAUCCAGGUCAUUUGGUUCUGCUAUUAGAUCAAGCACAGUGAUAACCCAUUAAGUUGUUGUAUAAAUACAAAAUGUCUGACAUUGUAUUCCCAUUUGAACUUUGUUGUGCUUUCAAAUGGUUGAAAGCACAGUGAUAAUACAUUUAGAUGACAACUAAACCAAAAAUGAGAAUGUGGUUUUAGAUGGUUGAAGGCAUACAUUGGGAAUUCAACAAACUUCUGGAUGUCUAUUUUAGUCGGUGAAUGAAGGUUGAACUCUCAUUGAUCAACUUCUCAACCAAUUAUUACCCACAUUUCCACGUUGAAAUGACAUGGUGUGCCCAGUGGGAUGUGCCUUCAGUUAGACUCCCAGAAUAUAAUCUGUCUUGGCCAAUGUGUUGAUAUUGCAUUCACAGAAUAUGUAUCCAUGAACUAUUUCAAAGACAUGGCCUAACUAUGUUAGCUAAAGCAUCAUGGCAUGGACCGUUUCUCAUGUGAAAUGUCUCUGUGUAGAAUCCGUGCCAGCAAAAAUGACCUUCGUAAAGUACAACGCCCUCAAGAAAAGGACCAAAGACCCAAAACUCCCUCACUACAACCCAUUCGAAACAUCUUGAAAAAGGUAAAGAAAUUGACAUUUACAAAUCCACUGAUAAUCGUUAGUUGUAGAUCCAUUUGAUCUUGAUAAGAUUCCAAUUGAUUAUUUGUAGUAAAGCAGUCUACUAGUUUUAGUACAUCUGGAGAUGUACAUUCAUUUUCAUUGCUGGAAUAUGUGAACUGAAAAGCCUUAUGUAUUGUAGGAGAGCACUCUGAAAAAGAGGCUAAAUAAAAAGAAGAAAAAACAGGUGAAGAUUAAGGACACAGAAGAGAAAAGUGAAGGAAGAGAGAAUGCGGAGGAGGAGGAGGGGGAGGAAGGUAGCACAGAGGCGGACCCGGAACACAGUGUGCAGAAAGAGAAGUCCAACAGUCCCCUAAUACCUCCGAAACGAAGGAAGCUGAAACGUAAAGCCAAAGUGAAGGAAGAGACCCAAGAUCUCCCAGAAUCAGUUGACAAUGAAGACAAAGACAAAUCAAAUAAAGGUAGCUAUGCUCCUCAAACAAUACAACACUCUGUCUCCAAUGUCUUGGCGUAUGCUUUAUGAUUUAUUAACAGGUUACAACAUGUUAUUAGUACUUUUGAAUAUUGAAAUGUGUAUCUGAGUUGAUAACAUUCACAUUUCCUCAUCUGUUGAUAAAGGGGACAAGAAGAAGAAGAAAAAAGUGGUGAAAGUGAAAAAGAACAGGAUAAACUCUGAGGAGGUGCCAGGAGCAUACUCCCAGACAGUUGACCUCUCCGCGACCUUUGGUGAGCCCCCAGUCUCUCCUUCAUAACUCGCACUGAAAUGCAACGGCAAAAUGAGACGGUCUGAGGCUCAAAGCCCAUUUUAAACAAGAUAUGUGAUUUCCCUGUUUCUUGAUAGAUCUUUACCGAAAAGCCAUUUUGGCUCUGAAAGAGCGGCAGGAUCAGGGCCAGUGAGAGGAGAGGGCUGAGAGGGGGAGAGAGAGAGAGAGA